GGUACGUCAUAAACACUUAUUAAAUAUGUCAAUUUGUCGAAUCAAAAACGGAGUUUAUCGCUAAUUACCAAUUUAUACAAAUGAAACGAUCGUUUUUAACGCAUUUACCAAGAUGGAUAAAUUCGCCGUAGAUUUGGACCAAGUGCUGAACGACUUCGAAUACAGCGAACUGACCGAGCAGCACAACGUCACCCGGCCCCGAACGGAGCCUCCCGGCGCCCCCGACCGCCCCCCGGCCGCCCUCACCAAGCACUCGAUCAACAACGUUUUCCACAGCUUGAACGAGUACCUGAACACCGGCGUAGACCUGCCCGAGCCGGAGCGAGUCCCAGUCGAAGGCCGGACGCCCCCGAGCGAUCCCAACGAUGAGAUUACAGAGGAACGAAAAGACUGCGAUGCCGGAGAGCCGGUGAUAGAAAACGAUGGUGUUGUACAAGAAGAAUGCAAUGGUGAUGAGGAUUCCGAUGUACGAGACGGUUUAACUGGUAACGUAGAAAUAGAAUGUACAGAGAACGGGUUCGAGUCGAGUACUGAUGGAUCGAGAGAUGCGAAACAGUCAAUUAACGUUUUAGUGGAAUUAGAAGUCGAUGCGGAGGUAAAUAAGCGAGAAAGCGAUGAAAUUGUUCGGUUAGAGAAGAACGAUAGCGAGGAAACGAUAGCGAAGGACACCGACGAAGGUGUGGUAGGUUUCCGAGAGAUCGAAGAGCUGAACGACGAAGAAGUACAAGACCUUCUCGCUGAGUUGGAGAAUGAUGAGGAAUUGUUAUCGAACGAUAAAGAAGAGGAUAAAUCGAAUAAUUUAGGUACAAAUAAAGAGGAUUGUAAGGUAAUGGAAGAAGAAUCUGAAUCUACAAUCGAAUCCAAAGAUGAGCAUCUAACGGUACAUACAGAAGAAUCUACAACCACCACAAUCGAAGAAAAUACUACUGGUAUACAAUUAGUAGUUUCGAACAAUGAAGAACCAAUUAACACAGAAGGAUCUACAGCCACACAAUCCGCAGUAAUCGAAGACAACGCCAGCGAAGAUUCCGAUGAUUACGAGGAAGCCAUCGGCGUCCCCGAACCCACCGAAAUCCCCCAAGAAGUACCCAAACCAUCAACAAUCCCCAUCACCGAAGAAGUACCCAAACCCGAAGCGACAAUCCCCAUCACCGAAGAAGUACCCGAACCCGAAGCGACAAUCCCCAUCGCCGAAGAAGUACCAGAACUCGAAGCGACAAUUAACGCCACCGAAGAAGCGCCUAAACCCGACGUCCCCGACGAAGCCGAAGCCGCCCGAUCGUCGACGCGACCCGAAGACCUGCCGAUCAAGGGGCCCCCCGAUCAGCGCGAGAUCGAUCUGAUCGGCGCGCCCGGUUCGACGCCCUACAACAACGUCUACGUGGCCGACGAGAUGAAGCGUCGCGACGUCGACGACGACGAAUCGACGUCGUCGUUCUCCGAUACCGCUUCGACGGGCUCGACGGCCUCGACCGAGGAGAUGCGCGACGAGCAUCCGCCGGCGCCCCGGGAGGCCUCCGGCGCCGGAGACGAUGGGUUACGAGCGAUCGAAGCGUCUAGCGGGCAUAGCGCAGGCGCUGAAGGGGGUGCUGAUAGGCUGUGGUUGGGGAAAGAGGCUCCGUUGUGGAUACCGGAUUCGGAUACGACCAGUUGUUUGCAAUGCGAUAUGAAGUUUACGGUGUUGAAGCGACGCCACCAUUGCAGGGCCUGCGGUCUGGUGUUGUGUUCGAAAUGCUGUCACGUACGAUUCAAAUUGGAGUACCUCGACGCCGAGGCGAGGAUCUGCAACAAAUGCCACGAUAUUUUGAAUAGAGAGGCGGCGUCGGGGGCGGGUUCGGAUCAUUCGGAUCAAUCGCAGGAGGCCGGCGAUUCGUCGCCCGUGCGCCGGCCGAAUCCCAACAAUCCGUCGGAGUACUGUUCGACGGUGUCGCCGUUGCAACAGGUCGGCGGUACCGCUUCGGUACCGCUGCCGCCCGUCAUGGUGCCCGUCGGCGUGCUCAAACGCAAAGGUAGUAACAAAUCGAAGUCGAAUAAGAGCGUGAUGUUUUGCGACGGCAUCCGGCCCGGUUCGGAUCUGACGAAUUUAGAUAACGAUUUCAAUUACAACAAUACGAAAACGAAGAAAUUGGAGAAGACCAGCACGCAGGCGUCGGCGGGGAAGAUCAACAGGAAUUUGCCGUUGAUCGAUUCCGAGACGAAUUCGUUUAUACCGAAGAACGAGAACAAUUUGCCCCCUUCGAUAACUAUAACGAAAAACGGUACGGACGUGGCCUACGCGGAUUGCGCCAACAACUCGGCGACGGUGGAGCUGUUGAAGACCAAACAACUGACCUUUUCGAUCUUGUUGAAUCUGUACGUGCACGUGAAAAUCAUCGAGAUGGAUUGUUGCAUCAAAAAAACCGCCUGGUGUUUCUCCACCGAAGGAUUGAUCAACGUCGGCCAGGACGAGUUGGUCUACGUGUUGGAAUUCAUCGAUGGCGAAUCUACAGUUCCUAAGGAUAUAUUCUAUCACGUCAAUAGCAUUUACGCCGACGCCGUUAAAGGUACUUCGAUAAAGGAAUUGAGCAUAUCGUUGCAUAAUUGUUCGAAUUUUUUGGAUUCGAAAAACCACGCCGGCUUCGUCUACAUCCGAUCGACGUUUCAGUGUUUGGAGAACAUCAUCAGACCGAAGGAGCCCUUCCUCAUAGGAAUUUUAAUACACCGAUGGGAGACGCCCUGGGCGAAAUUGUUCCCGUUGCGAUUGGUCCUCAGAUUGGGCGCCGAAUACAGGUAUUAUCCCAGUCCGAUAUUAUCGACCAGGCAUAGGGAUAGCGUAUUCGUGGAAAUCGGUCAUACGAUUAUCAAUUUAUUGGCGGAUUUUCGCAAUUUUUCCUACACCCUUCCGCAAAUUAACGGUUUAACCAUACACAUGGAGGACAAAAACACCACCAUGACCAUUCCUAUUAACAGAUACGAUCAGAUAAUCAAAUCGUUGAACAAUUCGAGCGAUCACAUCCUGGCGUUCGGCGGCUGUUUCAGCCAAGAGGCGGACUCGCACUUGGUGUGCAUCCAGGACACCCAGGGCCUGGAGAAUUGCUAUUCGACGCACGCCAUCAACAUACAGAAUCGACCGAGAAAAGUGACGGGGGCCAGUUUCAUCGUCUUCAACGGCGCCUUGAAAUCGUCGAGCGGCCUGACGGCCAAAUCGAACAUCGUCGAAGACGGUCUGAUGAUCCAGGUGCCCCCCGAGCACAUGCAACGCAUCCGCGAUCGGCUCAGAUCGAUGAAAAACCACGCGAUCCGGUGCGGUUGCGUCGACGCCGAUACCGACGAAACGGUGAACAUCGUUUGGGGCGAGAACGAUGCCAAUUUCAAUAUCGGGGUGACAUCUUCGAUCGACGGGACGAGCCUGAGCGGCGUACCAUCGAUUCGAGUGCACAACGGCAAGAACCACUACGGCGCCAACGGCAACCGGAUCAUCAGAUGGACGGAGGUGUUUAUCAUAGAGGACGGCGGCGGCGGCGGCGGCGAGGCGACGGCGGCGCCGCCGCCCAAGAACCACCAGGACCAACCGUUGGACGUGUCGAAGGUGUCCGAAGGCAUAGCGAAGGCCACCUGCGACGCGCUGUUGAACUAUUUGGAUCUGUUGGUGACGAAUAAUUUCCAGAAGAUCGGCGUCAGGACGACGUUGCACGCGGAUAGCGUGUCUUAUUGCGCCGGUAGUAACAAUACGAAGUUGCCGCCGAUUUAUAUGAAGAGUUUAGAUAACGAGCUGAUUCCCGUUUUGCACAGGAUCACGUCGAAUAAUUUGGGCGAGAGUUCCGUCAUAUUGGAGUUGGUUUUUCGGAUUUUGAACGUGUAAGAAUUUAAUUAAAUGAUGAGAUGAAACGACGAGACUACGGACAAUAAUUACAACGUUAAUUGGAGAUUUUUUUUAUUGGAACGGUAAUUUGUUGUACUCUGGCGAUAUUGUAUCGAUUUGUUUUUUGUUUUAGUUUAUCAAAAUUAAUUAACUCUCUGUGAUUUUAAAUGUGUGUGUAAUUGAAACGUACUUUUAUUGAAAACAAAUGUCUUUUUUUGUAUAGAUAAUUAUGAUUUAUAUUUUAUUUUUAGUCGCUGAUAGUAUUUAUAUCAAUUUACUUAACUUUAUGUAUUAUUUUUAUUAUUAAUCGAAUAGCACUUUCAAUCCAACAAUGUUUUCAUGCAGCAUAGGUAUCUUAUUGGAAUAUUCUAUCAAAAUAUUUAAAAAAAAGCUUUAUUUUAGGUUUAAAAUGUACAUAAAUUGUUAACUGUUACAUAUAAUAUAACGCUGUACAUUUUAA